AUGGCCGAGAAGUCCAUUUCGUUGGAGGAGGAUCGAGCCCAUUAUGAGAUACCGUCCGAGAGCCAGUAUCAUGAUACUGAUGUCUUUGGGAGGGAGGAAGGGCAUGAUAUUCACUACAAAACGCUGUCAUGGCAGCUCGUUGCCGUGUUGAUGAUAGCAGAAAUCGUCAGCAAUGGCAUGCUGUCUCUCCCCUCGUCUCUAGCUGUAGUAGGACUGGUUCCAGGCAUCAUACUCAUCGUCUUUCUCGGGACCUUUGCUCUCUUCACCAGCUGGAUAUUGAUUCAAUUCAAGUUACGGCAUCCAGAAGUCCACAACAUGGGUGACGCAGGCAUGAUCGUAUUUGGGCCGAUCGGUCGAGAAGUCCUCUCUUUCGGCACAAUCGUCUUCGCGGUAUUCGCAACCGGCGGCCAGAUCCUAGCUGGACAAAUCUCUCUCGCCGCACUUUCGGACAACAAGCUCUGCCUGAUGCUAUACACAGGCAUUUUCACCAUCCCGACACUCUUCUGCGCCUUACCGCGCACUCUAGAUCAGCUCAGCUUGCUCAGCAUAUUCAGCGUCAUAUCGAUCAUAGUCGCAGGAAUCGUUGGAAUGGUGGGAGCUGGCACGCAGUUCAACGUCUCCAAUUACGACAUCACCAAGUCGUCAGACUUUACGACGGCGUUCUUCUCAAUUACAAACCCUGUCUUUGCGUAUGCAGGACAUUUCAUGUUCUUCAUCUUGAUCUCAGAAAUGAAGCAUCCAACGCAUGCGAUGCGAGCAGCUUGGGUAUUGCAGACAUUUGCUACGGGUUUCUACGUCAUCUUUGCUGCGGUCUUGUAUGUGUAUGUGGGGCCAGAAGUGAAGUCUCCAGCUUUCUCUUCAUUGCCGAUAAAGUGGCAGAAGGCGGCUUAUGGGAUCGCUAUACCGAAUUUCUUGAUCGCGGGGAGCCUCUACUCGCAUACAGCAGCUAAAUUGCUGUUUGUGAGGUUCUUUCGAAAUAGCAGGCAUUUGCACAGCCAUACGUUCAUUGGCUGGGGAGUGUGGGUAGUAUUGAUUCUGAUAAUGACUGCAGCAGCUUUUGUACUAGCGGUCGGCGUGCCGAUCUUCAACUAUCUGAUUGGUAUCGCAGCGAGUUUGUUCGCUAGUUGGUAUACCUACGGCAUCGCUGGCUUCUUUUGGCUGUAUGAUACUUGGGUCUACAAAGGUAAGAUGCCAGCUUGGAAAGAACGAUGGCCAAUGACAAGUCUGAGCGUGGCUACUAUCAUUAUUGGCGCCUUCAUCUGUGUUGCAGGACUGUAUACUACCAUCAAGGAGAUUGUGGCUGCUUAUGAUAGUGGAGAGGUAAGCGAACCGUUUAGUUGCUAG